CGGCGAGCGAGAGAAAGAGAGCGCUCCCUCCCUCCUUCGUCUCCGUUCUCUCGCUCUCUCCUCGCUCCGUCUUCUCACGGGCUUGUUUCUCCUGCCAAGCUUCGCUUCUUGUUCCCAUGGCGGCUGUUCGAGUUAACCAGAAACCUUUCUUGAACAACCUGCCUGGCUGCCUGGGAAGCCUGUAAUUGCGAAACUGAAGUGGGGGAUGGAAUGCAAAGGCUGUUCCUGUUAACCCGAAACCUUUCUUGAACAACCUGACUGGGAAGCCUGUAAUUGUGAAACUGAAGUGGGGGAUGGAAUACAAAGGUUACCUUGUCUCAGUAGAUUCCUAUAUGAACUUGCAGCUUGCCAACACGGAAGAAUACAUUGAUGGGCAAUUCUCGGGAAAUCUUGGGGAGAUACUAAUAAGAUGCAACAAUGUGCUGUACCUCCGUGGUGUACCAGAAGAUGAAGAAAUUGAAGAUGCUGAAUGAUUGCUUGUAUCCAGAAGCCACUUUUCUUUUCACUGUUAUCCAGGUGUGUGUAGGAUAUGCAGCAAAUGUGAUUGUAGUGUCAAAACACAAUAUAUCAUCACUUUUAGUCGGGAAUUAAAAGAAAAGAAGGGGAAACAAAAACAUGCUUGAUUGCUGCCUCAAUUAUGUGUCAAAAUCGUUUGUCAUGGCAUCCACGUUUCGAAUUCAACAUAUAAGUGGUACUUCUGCA